ACACCGUGGCUAUUCGUCAACAACAGCUGUGUGUAAAAAUUCCAAUCAAUCGAUUUUUCUCAACAGUUUUCGCCAAUUGUCGUCUCAAAUUGUAACGUAAUUUCACAACAGUUUGUUAUACGUGUAUAUAAAGUAUGUUAGAGUGUUUCUUGUACUAGAGAAUCAGCAUACGCGCAAAAAUGUUUUCAAUUAAAAAGCCUCGCAUUCAGCAGAAGGAUUUGCAGUGCCUCAAUGGGUGUGGGUUUUAUGGUAAUGCUCAGUGGAACGGUCUGUGCUCGAAAUGUUAUCGCGAACGCACGAUGAAAGAGCGCCACAUUAAACAGUACCGACCUGCAAAAUUUUCCAGUCAUCCAGGGGGGCGCAAACAAGAGUCGUAUCAACAGGUUAGUCAUCAUCAGCAGCUACAGAUAGAUCAUCACGCCAAAAUGACCCAUGGACAUUUAUUGAAACCUGGAUCGGCCCCUAAGGAAGAAGACAAGAAAAAGAAACGCAAUUUAAUGGAUCUGCUCAAGAAGACGACACCCACUAAAGAGGUUUCGGAGAAGCCGUCACGACAACAUCACAUACGUCAACCUAUUGAUAAGUUAGAACAAGAAUACCAUGAAGCGCUAAAGGCUCUCAAGAUAGAAGAUGCUGCGAAGCGAGAAUUGAAAUAUUUUAUCGAAAUGCUUGAUCAGAAAAUACGCAAAGGACACUCGGAUAAAAGUAUAGAAGAAGUUUCAGAAUUUGUUCAAAAUGGGUAUAUCAAAUUUCAGGAGUACAUGAAUGUAGAAAAUUCAAAAUUCGCAAAUGUAUCUCAGGAAACCAAAGAUCAUGCGCUAGAUUUCUUCGAGAAAUGCAUCAUGACAAUGAAUCACGGACGAUUGUUUUCUCCGCCUAGCACCAACGACGAGGAGAAGGAUUCGCAAAUACAAAAGAGAAUACGGCAGUUGAAUUGGAUUAAUGCAAAACAUUUAGUGUGCAGCAUAGAUGAAGUUAAUUCAGAAGUUAGAGAUUUAGUGUAUACCGCUAUCACCGAACUUGUUUCAAUGGAUUCCUUUCAUUCGCCGCAGGAAAAACUAGAAUGCAUCAUUCGCUGCUGUCGGAAUAUUUUCAAUCUGCUACAACAAUCCGUUGGAGGACCAGCUAGUGCAGACGAAUUCUUACCGGCCCUAAUAUUUGUGGUUCUCAAAGCUAACCCAGUUAGGCUACACAGUAAUAUAAACUACAUCACACGGUUCAGUUACGCAACUAGGUUGAUGAGCGGCGAGGGUGGCUACUACUUCACCAAUCUUUGCUGCGCCAUUUCAUUCAUAGAAAACAUGACUUCCGAAUCACUUUCUAUGUCAACAGAAGAAUUCAAUGGACUUAUGGCGGGUGAAAAAACAGGCCCCUCCGCAUGGGAAAGUGCGUUGAUGGCAUGCGAAAGCUUACAUCUAAUUUCGGAAAAUAUGAAAACUAUGAAGAGUCUCGGGGAUCGCAAUGAGGAAAUUUUGAAGAAUGUAGCGCUACUAAAUGAAGACAUCGAAAGCUUCAAUAGUGAAAUCAGUCGCAAAGUAGCCGACGUUUUGGAGCGUACUCCUUUGGUACUCAAACCAAUCCGCACACCACGCCGCCUAGAAAAACGGAACGCACAUUUAAAUCCUACAAGCAGUCUUAAUCCAAUCGAUGGGGGUCACUUCCAAUCGAACUUAGUUACCGCCAUCAAGGUGGGUGAUGUGGAAUACAACGAUCCAAAACAGAAAAGUAAUGUGGAGCAGAGCUCGUCCACCUCUACUAAUUUCGAAGAUUUAGUCAAAAAUCUCUCUGAUGCUCUAGCGGUUCCUUUUGUCUCCGUUGAAGGAGAUAAAGAUGUUCCUGCUGUUGCAUCUCCAUUUUCCGUUAUGAGUACGAGCAACUCAGCUGACUUACUGUCUGCAUCACCUGUGUUUGACUAUAACAAAGUGUUUGACACUCAAUCUAUAGACGAAAUCGCAACGCCCGACGAUUUAGCGCACAGCUUUAUUCGAGGAAUAAGAAAUAUCAACUAUGAUUUCGAUUUCUCGGAUCACAGUGGAGAAAACAGUGUGUCAGAAGACCAUCUAGAAUCGAAACCAAAACAAACAGCACAUCCUACGGUUAACCAGUUCGACUUAGAGGAGUUUGAUCCAUUAAUAGCGAAAGAACGUGAGGAGAAACUUGCGCAGCUUCCUUUACGAUCAGACAAUCCCAUAGAUGUUGACCUUUUCACUGGCGGUGGGAAUCUUCUCGAUGACGAUUCGCCUCGGGCGCUUCUACUCGAAUCGCCUAUCAAACCAACCGUUGCCGAAUAUCAGGGGUUUUCGCUCCAAGGGUGCAAUAUUCCGACCAUUACCUGCGUCACCGGACGUGAUUUGGGAGCAGCUAGCUCAAGUAAAGUACAGCCAAAAUCCUCGCCACGUACAGUUGGCGAUGGAAAGAGUUUGAUAUAAUCUACUUGUGGAUACUUAUUGUGUAAAUUGCCCAUCAAACCAACCGUUGCCGAAUAUCAAGGGUUUUCGCUUCAAGGGUGCAAAGACGUACAACCAUUACCUGCGUCACUGGUCGUGACUUGGGAGCAGCUAGCUCAAGUAAAGUGCAGCCAAAAUCGUCGCAACGUACUGUUAGCGAUGGAAAGAGUUUGAUAUAAUCUACUUGUGGAUACUUAUUCUGUAAACUACUAUAAUGCUUGUUGAAUGUUGUGGAUGUAAAUUAUAAAACUGUUACUUCAACAUUUUUCUUUUUAUUAUACAGUUGCAGUGAUCGUGCUUUGCCAAAUAAUUAUUUCAAUGAAAAUAGAAUUGACUACUUCAUUAA